AUAGACUUCAAAUGUUAUUUAAAAAAAAAAAAAGAAAGUUGUAUAUAUGACAUAAGUGCUUGUUGUGCUCAUAGACUAUUCCUUAAAGUGAACAAACCCUGUACUAGAAGGUCAGGCGAUAUUGUGCAACUUUAGAAUAUAAACCACAUCAUAGUAGUAUUUCAAAACUGUACUGUUUUACUACAUCAGUAUUAUCUUCUUAUCCAGUGCAUCACCAAAUGGCACCAAGAAAAUGGUUUCAACAGCUCUCUCCAGCUUCCUGACAUUACACUGAACUUCGCCAAGAAGCAUCCUCUAAUGGAUGACCAGGUGAGCGAGCAACCCUUGCUGGUGAAGAAGAAUGUCAACUUCACACAGAUUGCAGUCGACCGAGUGAACACUGUUUCCCGGGGAUCAUAUGAGGUGCUGUUUAUUGGCACAGCGGAAGGUUGGCUGUACAAGGCUGUAAUUGUGAAAUCGGAAGUGCACAUCAUAGAGGAAUUGCAACUUUUUGAAACAAUCCAGCCUGUAGAGAGCCUGAAGAUCUCCCACACUGAGAAAGUUCUGUAUAUAGGCUCCCGUUCAGGUGUGAUCCAGCUGCCUCUGGCCGACUGCAGUAAAUACAGCUCUUUCCAAGACUGCACACUGGCUCGGGACCCCUACUGUGCCUGGGAUCGUGAAGGCAGAAUGUGUGUGCAGGUUGAUCGACACUUCAGUACACUUUCACUUGAUCAGAAUAUUUUACAGAAUCCACGACAGGGAGAAAAGUUCCAUCAGAGUCUUGUUCCAAGUUCAGACAAGCUGAAGCCCAAGAAUGUCACAGUUGUAGCUGGAUCAAGUCUGGUGCUGCCAUGCCAGGUAGUCUCCAAUUUGGCACAGACCCAAUGGCUUUUCAACGACCAUAGUUUGCAGUUGAAAAACGGCUUGCACUUUGAUCGACAGCUAUGUUCCCUUGUAAUUGAGGAUGUUGGACCUAGCGAAGCGGGUCACUAUUCCUGCUUCUCUGAGGAGGCAGGGGUGAAGUUUAUGGCAGAACGUUACCAAGUCUCAGUAGUGGCCAGCGUACCAGUCUUCAUGGAAGCCCGGACUCAAGAGCUUAAUCUGGGUUUGGUCUGGGUGCUGGUGAUCACCUUGGGGGCUGUCUGCCUUCUUCUGCUUGGGGCAGUCUUGUAUCUUCGACGCAGAUUGAAGGAGCAAUUAGGCAAAGGGGCAGAAAUGAAGCCGCUGGAAAGUACCUUGGUCUACCCCAUCAGCCUCCCCAAAGAGCCUCGCAAUUUUGUGCCAAGCAAGAUGGCUGACUCUGAAGACAAGUUCUGGGAUCCAGUGAACUAUUAUUAUUCAGAUGGUUCCCUAAAGAUUGUGCCAGGCCAUGCCCUCUGUCCUAAUGGUUCAGCUGCCUCUCCAACCAGCAAUGGCAUUCCUGGGCAGCCUCUGCCCACUGGCGCCCUCCAUUCACCCAGCAGACUCAGCAUUGGCAACAUCCGGGGUUCUGGAAGUAAUGGCUACAUCCGUCUGAAUUUGGGCACAGAGGAGCGAGGCGAAUUUAAUGAAGAACUUCGAAAGUCAAUUAAGCAGAGAAAUGUGUUGCCCGAUGCCAAUCCAGAAGAGUCAUCUGUUUAGGCUACCUUCUGCUUGCAUUUUUGAUACUACCUCAUUUUUAAACGGUUUUAAGAAAACCAAAUGUUUUGGACUGUUUUUCAGUUUGCUUCUCUCCUGACAUUUUCUGUAAGAGACCUUUUGCUACUGAAGAAGAAGUCAUGAAGAGGGAUUCAUUUGUAUUUUAAAAAAGAAAAGAAA